AUGUCCCCGCCGCGGGAGUACGCGAUGGGCGACCCGGAGCCACAGACGAUCAGCAAGCGCGCGGACGGCGGAUACGUGCAAGCCGCGUACUUCACCAACUGGGGCAUCUACGGCGCGAACUUCCAGCCAACGAACAUCACGCCGAGCGACCUGACGCACAUCAUGUACGCGUUCGCGGACGUGUCUCCCACCACGGGCGAGAUCGCGCUCACGGACUCGUACGCGGACGAGCAGAAGCACUACCCCGGUGACUCGUGGGAUGAGUCUGGGAACAACCUGUAUGGGUGCUUGAAGCAGAUGUAUCUGCUAAAGCUCGCGAACCGGAACCUCAAGGUGCUCCUCUCCGUCGGCGGCUGGACAUAUUCGCAGGACGGCCACUUCAGCUUCGUCACGAACUCUUCGCUCCGCUCGGCCUUCGUCUCUUCCGCGACGUCGUACAUCGAGAACUUCGGGCUCGAUGGGCUCGAUAUCGACUUUGAGCUUCGCCAGCUUGCUCACGGGCUCCGCACGGCGUUCGAUGCGCUCGCUCAGAGGAAGGGCGAUAGCACGCCCUAUCAGAUCACUGUCGCGUCACCCGCGGGGGAGCCCAACUACCAGUACUUGGACGUGCCCACGAUGGACGCAGCAAUCACGUAUUGGAAUAUCAUGGCGUACGAUUACGCUGGAUCGUGGCUCAAUAUCACUGCGAACCAGGCAAACAUUUACGAUGCCUCGCUCACAAAUGUCAGUACGGACAUCGCCAUCAAGUGGUACCUCUCGCAGGGCGCGACCGCGAGCAAGAUAACCAUGGGCAUUCCGCUGUACGGCCGUGCGUUUGAGAACACGACCGGUCUCGGCGCGCCCUACAACGGAGUGGGGCCGGGUACGAUCCAAGCGGGCAUCUACUCUUACGACACGCUCCCUCUCUCGGGUGCAUCCGUGUACAAUAACUACACGUCGGUCGCGUCGUACUCGUAUGACUCCUCCAAGGGAGAGUUUGUCAGCUACGAUACGCCAGAUAUCGCGAAGGCGAAGGCGCAAUACGUCAUCAGCAAUGGCCUCGCGGGUUCCAUGUUCUGGGACCUCAGCACGGACAAGACCGGCUCGGACUCGCUCGUAUACACUACGAGCCAGGUGUAUGGAGGCCUCGACCAGACGCAGAACCACAUCGACUACUCCGACAGUGAGUGGACGAACAUCGCGGAUAACAUGAGUGGGGCCUCGUCCACGGCGACCGCGUCCAGCACAGCCACUGCUAGCACAACAGUCUCGAGCACGAGCAGCCCGACGACACUGGCAGCGCAUGGAGGCGUCUGCGACGUACACGCAGGAGACGAUGUUACGUACAACGGCGAUCUCUGGUCAGCACAGUGGUGGACCAACGGCGAUACCCCGGGCGGCUCAGCUGGUGUCUGGGUGGAUGAGGGUGCGUGCUAG